UGGAGUCAAUGGUUGGCUGAGCCCGUGCGUGGACGUGCUUGUGUGACGCCGGCGCGCAUGGAUUCCGGGAUGUUCCUCGCCCUCGUGACCACGCUGGCGCUGCUCGCCAAAGUGGGCAGCGGUUUGCGUCUCCUGCGGCUGGAUGUUCCGUCCGUGGCACGUCGAGGAGAACCCGUGUGGCUCAACUGCAGCUACGACCUUGAGCGCGAUCAGCUCUACUCCAUCAAGUGGUACAAGAACAAUGUCGAGAUCUAUCGGUACCUGCCCAGCGAGACGCCUCGAGUGAAGGUCUACAACAUGCCCGGCAUACACAUCGACGUCUCUCGCUCCAAUAUCAGCGACCUCUACCUAAACGACACCGAUCUCAAUUCAGAGGGCAAGUAUCGUUGUGAGGUUUCUGCCGAGUCGCCAUCGUUCCAGACAGAGCGGGCCCAGCAGGAGAUGCUCAUGUACGUGCUGCCCCUGGAGGAUCCGGUCAUUAGAGGGCUCCACAGCCAGUACCAAAUUGGGGACCCAGUCAACCUGACGUGCUCCUACGGACCAAGCAAGCCCAACGCCUCACUCACCUGGUACAUUAACGAUAGGAAGGUGCCGACUGGCAGCGAGGAAGCCGUGGAGAACGGUCAUUUCGUGGACGCCGAGGGUCUGUGGCACGCACACUCUCGCGUCACCUUCGUGGCGCAGCCGAGUCACUUCUGGCACGGAACCAUGGAGGUGCGCUGCGCUUCGCAUGCAGCGCUCCCUUACUUCGUAAGCAGCGAGGAGCUCACCGUCAGGGACUACGGGCGCACCGUCGACGUGUCCGGGCCUCGCAUGCAUGGUCCCCGGCUGGAAGGCACCAAGAAGCGUUACAGCUUGGGCAGUGCGAUCGACCUAAGCUGCCUUGCGGAUGCGCCCUUGCAUGAGCUCAAGUGGCUCAUCAACGACAGGGAGGCGCAGGAUUCGUACGUGUCCUCCCCGUCGAACGGCCACGGCGCAGCGGUCAUGCUCCGCCUCAACUUCCGCCUGGGCGAGCAGCACUUCAGCAAGGGCGAGCUGCGCCUCAAGUGCGUCUCGCGGCAGCUGCGCGAGUUCACGGCUGCCAGCGAGCUGCGUGUGCCAAUCAGCGACAAGCGCCACAGCUCGGGCCUGCAGGUGUACUUCGCAAGGGCUAACGGCAGCAGGCAGCCCACGGAGCUCCGAUGGGCGGUCGUGUUGCUUCUGGUUGUCUCAAGGCUGCUGGCGGCUUCGACGUAGUCCGACUCCUAAUUAGAAUGUGCAGCGUCAUUCAGCACAACCGGGCCAACGUAUAAUCCGGACUGGUAGGACCGAGAAGUCUACGAAGAGGAGGUCCGGACGCAACCACAAGCUCCGGGCCGGAGCAACGAGCUCCUCUUCGUCGAGCCCGGCUGAGAGGGUGUAUUUUGCAGCGGGCGCUAGAUACUGAAUUGCGACACAAGACGCUGUGCUGUGUUUUCUUUGUUUCUGAGAGCUGCUCAUAUUGCUACACGCGUGUUGGUACGAAUGGUGCAAAGUUACCCUUUACGCUGGCAGUACAUUGCUGCUAUGGCAUAUUCAUAAUGGUUUUUUUUUGUCAUAUUUUUUCGUAUGUCUCGCUUUAGAACAAUGGUUGUUUUUCAUAAUCUGCAUCAUGCAUGGUAAUCAUCUCUGAGCCUACGCAUGGCUGCGCACGCGGUAGUAAGAUACUGGUGCAGGUGGACAAAAUGUUCACCAUUGCAGUCGCUUUACCAGCGCUAGGUGCCCAUUCUGAUUCGAAAACUACGUGGAGAAGUGCAGUGCCUGCAAACACAAUGUAAAGAGAAAAUGGUCUAGCCGACAGUAGCACCAAGUUACAAAGGAAACCCCUCUCGGAAAGCACGCUUCGCAGUAGAUAAAAAAAAUUGGUCCGGGCACCGGCUCUGGGCCGGAAAGGGUUCGAUUGCAAGACUAGAACUAUUUUUGUUUCAACCGCAAAGCUUCUCGUGCUUAGAAACUCGUAUAGGUGUCCUUUGUAGGUUCGUGCUAGUGCCGAAUGGAUGACAAUUAUCCCCUUCCACGAAGAAAUGGCUGUCAAACUGCCGGGAAAAGCUUUGCUCUGACCGGUGGAAUCCCAGGCAGUUCCUUGGAGUGCCUGAAAGAGACGUCGGCGCUUGUCCUCAUCAUCCCGUCUGCAUUUUCUCCCUGUGACACUGGCCAACUUACGGGCAACAUAGUACGACGGGAUAUAUGACACGGCGUUCGAGGGAACUCUAAACAGAGCCUAAGGGAAAACGCAUUCAACUCGCAGUUUCUCGUGGUUUUAAUGUUCCUUACUUAAGAGAAAAAUGAGACCAGUCGAACAUUUUCUUUUCGCCCUUUAGACAUUUUUAUAUCCCACGAAACAAAUGUCAUAAAUCUCGCGUGCAUUUCUUUUAUUUAACGCUCCACGCGCCGUGUUCUCCUGUCAAGAUGGGCAGGCGUGUCCCAGCGUUCCUGACGGGAAAGUAGCGCGCGCACUGUGUGCACACUAGACUGAUGAUGUUAUGGGACGAGACCAACCGUAAGCGAUGCAUAUUCUUUUUUACGUUAUUUUCAGCCAAGCUGGCCAACGCAAGUCGAUGUAUUUGCUUCUGUGGCGCUUUAGAUACAAACGUGGGGGUGCGGGCCGGGACUGUAUUUUUCAUCCCGCACGGCUUUACUUUAAGCGUACGUUAUAAGUUGUCGCGGGAAAGAAAUACCCAGUCCUCUUUAACAGCAUUGGAAAUUGUCCUGAUUAAGACCUUGAUAGGCACCUUGCCAGCUGAGGAGAAGUCGGCUUAAAGUAAAUCGCAACUAGACAAGGUGCGAAGUGGCCAGGUUCUGAGUGAGAAGCUUUCUUAGUUACCGCAGUAGUUUUGUCAGUCUCCUUUUUUUUUUCAAACACAUCUAUAGUGGAUAUUUGAACGUACGCAAAUACGCCUGUGCUAAACGCUAAUCUUCAGACAUUAAUCACCAUUUGCCAACAAAAACAAAAGCGUCACUGAAAAUGGCUUGAGUGGCUGCACUGGUUUUUGUUACACAAUAAAAAAUAGAACAUAAUUGGCCGUCAUAAAAAUUGCGCAGGAUGUUUCCGGAAGUGCUCCUACAUAUAUGAAAAUAACCGAAGAAAUGAAAUUAACCGGCGGCUUUAUUAGUGGCGCUUUCCACUGAUGCUUCGAAGUUCUGAGAAUUUCACAAUAAAAAGCACUUUGAGUAGGGCAUUGUCCCAACAUGUCAUGUAUGUGUCAUGUAGGCUUUUGGGUACUCUGGUCUCAAGAAUGCGAGCAUUGAAAUAAUUACUAGGUGUAAUUCAAGAGUGGGCGUGAUAGAAAAUAUUCAUGAAAUCAAUGCCAUCUGGAGGGGAGAGCGUAUGAGCCUUGUGCUUUUUUUAUUUAUGAUUCCACAGCUUUGAUGUACAGAUUUUCCUCUUGUAUAUAGACGUCAAUAUUGCUUACAAGUAAUUUGUCAUCCAAAUUUCGGCGGUAAAUUGAGAGCAAGGAUAUACGAGAAGAUACAAGGAUGACUAAGGCUUUUACGCAGAACCAUUGCUAUAUGUUUGGAGACACUCACGUCGAAUGUUGCCAAAUCAUUAAACGGCAAGAUAAUCCACUAGGCUGUGUCUAUAUUCAUAAUAAACACGCUAUACGCGGUGAUCGUUUUUAAGUUUUGCAGAUUUCUUUAAUAUCGCCUGUCACUGAUACACAAUUCUAGUCCUUGAGCUGGAUUAUUCAGAGAGGCGGACAUUACUUGCACAAGAAAUCGAAACAUAUAUUCAACUAAUUAACAAAUAACUAAUUGCAUGACUUCAUAAUUAAUUACUUUACGGCACAUAUUGCAAUUUACGAAUUGUAGCCGGUGAGUUUGCAAGGCAUAUCCAAUGGGAAGGAAUUUUCAUAAUGACACCAGUUCUUAUAUAUGCGCCAUCAAACUCGCCGUAAAAAUACACUGUUGUUGCACUUACUUUUUUGAACAAAACGCUGUUUUAUGCACGCAAGCACAAAACUGGAACGCCCAUGUAUUUUGUCCCACACUUUGGAAAACAAUAUCUGGAAACUGAUGUGAUCCUGGAAAUUCAUUUUCAGCGGCUACGUCUUGCAAGCACACUGUCUGCAAUUUGUAAAUUGCAAUAUUUGCCGAGUUAAUAAUUAAGAAGAUAAUUAGGAUUUUUUAAAAUUCGUUGAAUAUGUGUUUCGAUUUCUCGUGCUAGUAAUGUCCGCCUCUUCGAAUAAUCCAGACCAAGAAUGAGAAUUAUGCUAUCUGCCAAAGGCGAUUUUUAAAUAUGUCCACAAAAUUAAUGAUCACCCCGUAUACCAUUUUCGCUUAGUUUGCGCUUAGACUGCUGAACGAGAGGGCACCAGUCCCAACUGCUUGCAAAAGUAUUAAAAGUCCUAAUUCUGAUUUUUUUUUCGUAUUAGGAGCUAGCAUGACGAAGUGUGUUCAUGUGUCACGGGGCUCUUGAGGAACAUGGCGCUUUGUGGUAGGGACUCUGAUGCAAUCCGGUGAAUCUUCUUCUGCCUAGAAUCUGUGGUCCACGGGCUCGCCGCCUCUUUUAAAGGCGCCAAGAAUCGGAGGGCAUGACAAAAAAGAAAGAAGAAAGAAACGGGCGUUCAUAAUUCAUGCGUGGUACCAAAUGGUGAAAAAUAAUAUUUGGAUUGGCGCCACUUUGCGAAUAUGAACGUCUAUGCCACACCCAGCUGUGCGUAAUGUUUUGUUUUCAAGUACUGCACAAGGUUCGCCCCUCUAUGCAGCAAGCUUGACAAGACUGCUUUUCGUUAGACACAGAAUUUGACCUUUGAUGGAUCAAAAACGCCAACGACACUCCUUCCGAUGUUCGUAUUGUCUAAAAUGCAAGAAAAGGCGAAAUUCCAGGCAGAGUUACGCGUAUUUUUUGUCGUCUCUGUAAAAGCAUUUGUGCCAUCACGCGCCACAUAUUUAGCCCUUCAUCUCACAGAGUGAGAAAGUGUACGUGAAGUGAGAGGGUGGCAAAAACGUGUGCCAUCUUUCCAAAGCUACCCAAGGUAAUGAUCACUUUGCCUCUUCGUGACGAAUGAAGCGCUCCACCAUAAACGUUUAUUUCAGCUUGCACAAGCUAACACAAAAGGAGCCCUAGGAGCUGAGCAAGAAUCUCGCGAGUUAAUCUUGCCUCUAAUUGGUAAAAAGGUACCGCUAAAACAGUGUUCUCGGCAGCGUCAUCGAGCUGAAGUGGACUUACGCUGUUAUUUUGGUAAAGAAAGACUGCGUAUAAAUUCUAUGACUUCGUUUAUUAAGGCGAAAGCCAUAGAUGGCUCAUGGGUCGAAAAUUUGACCAUCCGGAAAAUUCAAUGGCACCAAAAUUGAUGGUGCUUGUCGAACCCAGGUCCUUUGGUGGUAAUUAAUGCCCAUUUAUUUAACUUAUAAUUGAGGCACUCCAACCCACGCCUUUUGGUGUUAACUGAGGCAAAGUGAAUGAAGGCACAAUUAAAGCAAAAAUAGUUAAUUAAGCCACUCGAACCCACGACCUUUGGCGGGGGAAAACAAUAGGAAGUAACAACGCAUGCUAAUGAGAAUGUCAAGUAAUUUGAUUAAUGUCUUGUGAGCACGCAGACUAUCGCCUUCAUCAUCUUUAGCGUACGCUAAAGUGACCGUCAACUUUUCUCAUUGCCUUGGACACCUCGACGUGAUCGUUUCUGAUGGCGCUAAUAAUGGCUACAGAACCUCAAGUAACCGAUAUCUAAAGCACGAUGUGAAAAUAAAUUUUCGUAGAAGCUCUUUCAUUCACUAUAGCUGAUCUUCAGCGGACAGUUAUGGAAAUGUCUGGCUUUAAGUGAGAGGUAGAGGAAAAUCUACUUAUGGUUAGCCUUUUUCUAUUGUUCAAAAACCCAAGCUCAAUUGAACGUUCGAACUUUGUCUCACCAUUGCUACCCUGCAACAUAAAAUUGACUACGUAGUGAAAGUGGCACUGCGGCUGCGCGAACUGCUCCGAGAAACGGCAGUCCUUUUUAUGUAAAGCUGCGAUGAUGUAAUUUUUUUCUGGGCCACCUUUCUUUCGCUGUAAAACCUAAAUAAAAUAACGCUCUUUCGUUGGAAACAUCCGGCAGAUAGGUCUGGCUAAACUGAAUUCAUACAGCUUUACCAAGAGACAAUUAUGUUUCUUAGAAUUGUGGGACGAUUUUUCCUUCUGUUCUUUUCAGUCGACUGUGUCAGCUCCCCCCCCCCCCCCCCCCCCCCAAAAAAAAAAAAGCGUCUAAAAUUAUCAAUCUUCUUUCUUUUUUUAAUUGGAGAAAUAGACAGCUUCCAACUUUAAGAAAUCAAAGUAAAUAUGUUUUAAAUUUCAUAGGUAGCAGUCACCAUUUGUCCUCUCCUGCACCAUUUAUCAGGUCCACUUGCUUUGUUAGUGACACAGGCUACAAUGUAGCCGGCAUUCGCGUGCUUUUCAGACGACAGUGAGCGACAGACACGAGAAGACAGUUACACUGUGCGGAAUUAGCGUGCUGGAAUGUUUGUAUAUGGCGUGCAACCUGAAUGGGUGUCCGCAGCAAAAUCUAAUUCAAGAAAGACAACCGACUGGGAUACCCAGUUUUUCUCAUUUAUAAUUUUUUUUUCCGAGGGAAACCAUGGUACUUCUGCAGAAAAGUUCUCUCAUUGGCUAUUGAAUCGAUAUCGAGAAAAAUUCACAAUUGUCGGCCCAGAACAAGUACGCGAGCUUAUCGGGACUGUAUACGGUGUCUUCUGCCUUCGGGUCAGUUGAAAGAGAAAAAAAAAAAGAUAUUAAGACCAGUGGAAGACAGAUGAAUUCCUCGAUGUUCUGGAAUGUAGUAUCGAAAGCAGCGGAGAAGGAGAAACUCAUUUUUAAAUGAUUCAUUGCUAUUUUGGUUUAUUGUUAUGAUCGCAACUAUAUAUGAUGUUGCAUACGUUGCUGUGUAUAUCUCACCACAGUUCAUGUACUGUGGUGAGAAAACAAUUCAUGAUCUCACUUGUUGAAACUGUAUACGCGGCAGAUGGCAUCAGGUGUGAUAACCGAGCGCUUUCAUUUUUUUUUUAGUUCGAAGAUAUUUUUAUAUUGUUUUUUAUAGUGCUAUUGCGCCUUUUUAGGUGAAUUUCGGGAAGCUGCGGAAGUUACCUGCAUAAAAAAUCGUCAUGUCCAGGCAGAUCAUGUCAAAUAUACACUAAUGAGUUUUUUAUUUAUUCACUAUAGAGCACGUGCUGCAAUUGCGAAAUUCAUGAUAAUCAGGGGAAUCGGGUCUGCUUUUCACACUACCGACACAUUUGAAAUAUCCCCAAAAAUAUCUGUCAGAAGAAAAAAAUGCAUUGCGUUGCAGUUCGUUCCGAACUAAGGCGGACGCUUUUGGCGAAUUGUUAGACGGAAAUGCAUUGUAUUUCGUAGCACAAUUUAGCCACUUCCGGGUCGUAUUUUACCACAGGAGUCGGGAAGAUUAUAUUUCGUGCUUCUUAAUUACAAAACACAGGGGAAAAUAAUGCAGAUCCAAGGCAAAUUUUGUAAUCGGUGUAACGUUUCAUAAAGCGGUAAUUUAAAGACUCUUGCACAUUUGCAGCGUCGCGAGUACGCGUGCGUGGCGUGUCAAUGAGCGAGGCGACCCCCUUAAUCCACGGGAUCAGCCUCCUUUCCAUGACGCCAUCUCUGGGAUCGGCGUAUAGUUCACUAUAUAGCACAGUACCCGCCCACCUUAUUCGUGCAGAAGCCGAAACAGCAGACGCACGAAUACCGGGAUGGCAGGACUAGAAAUAUCCGUUUUAAUAAAAUUAACCGCCUGAAAGCUUGUAUGUGUUGGACUGAACACAUUCAGGUACUGUUUGUUGCUUCAAUGCCCAAUUCCCCGAUGAACAAAGCCGGCAACUCGCACAUCCGUAGGGGUAGCAUAGAAGGGGCUACAUAUUAGGCCGCUUCGUCAUACGAGUGCUGUACUGUGUGUAAGCUAUUCGGCCAGACAACAGCUAAGCCAUGGAAAGCAGUGUUCGGGAGGGUCCGCCUUACGCUUCGCUUUACUUGAGAAAAAUUCUGAGUGAUGUUUUUCGCAACAUAUCAAAGGCUUUCUUUCCAGAAUUGCAAAUAAAUCAAGCUGUUGGAGGCAGCACGCACGUGACUCUUCGAGCUUCGUAUUCCACAAUCAUAAAGGUGCAAAGUAUGGCCACAAAGCUUGCGAAUACUAUUUUUAUGGCAUCCACGACGAGUGAUAGGCCUUAGGCAGCAUGGUCCAUGGUACCACACUGAGGCGUAACCUCAGCGUGAUGCGAAGUACGGUCAUUUGCGAAAUAUCAGGGAGUAACACAUUUAUCUGUGGCACUUAAUUGACGAGUUACGUAAUCAGAGCAGCUUACGCUCAGAUUUCUAGGAUUAUUAUUGGUGUUUCUUUUUCACCAUGUCAGGCAUUUCUCGUAAAGCGAUUUGUGCCGGAAUCAUUGAAGCAGAAAAUUAGAGUUAGCGAAGAAUAUAUUGAAAGCGGUAAUAGUCUAAGGAUUCCUCCUAAGCAGAUAUUUUUCAAUACUGCUCGACUUUAGUUACAGAAAUGUAGCAUGCGCUUUCAAGUGAAUCAAUCAGAAAAUUAAUUAGUAAAUAUUUAAAAUUACCUGCAUGGAUAUUGCGAUUUCUCAUACAGGCAUGUUUGUGGUGUUCCUGAAAUUCGCCUGAAAAGGUGGAAAAGCGUUCUUUCACACGCGAUAUUGAAAAAAAAAAUGUGUUGGAACUAAAAAAAAGAAAAAAAGGCAGCUGGCUAAUAGUACUGCUUGAUAUCAGACCUUUAACGACGUGUCGAGUGGCAUUGUUCGCAUUGUUCUUUUUUUUUUUUCUUAAGGCACUAAAGCGCCUGAACGCACAGUGGAUAACACGCACUUCUUUUUCUAGUUAAACAGGCACUGUGAACAAAAUAUAACAGUUGAGCUCGAUAUGCUGACUUGGCAUAUGCUGUUGCUGCACACGUUUACAUGCUUUCUUUUUACGACUUGUUGGCAUCCGCUGUACAUAAAAAUGACACCAUAUAUUUUUCAUCUUUACUUGCGUAGCUUUGCAGAAUACAAAAUCUAGUACAAAGAAAGUUUUUAUUUGAAAAUGGCUAGACGGCUACAAUAUCGAAGCAGCCAUUGGAAGCUAUAAAUUGAAGCAGCCAUUGGAACUUUCUGAAAGAGUAGGUUCGAAAUUACGCUAUUGUACUUGAAAUAUCUGAUUGUGAACAUUACAGCCGCUCUACCAUCUGAGCUAACCAGGCGGCUAGCCUGGUUAGCUCAGAUGGUUGAGCGGCUGAUUACAUUUGACAUACUAAAAAAAAAAAAAAAAAAAAAAAAAAAAACCUGCUGGACUGUUGAGACUUGUCUGACAAAACGGCCGAUAAAGCUUGGGGCUGCACAUUCACUCACUGUUUUUUUAUUGUUUUUUUUUUUGAAAAUUUGCUUUUGUUGUUCAUCGUAAUUCAAGUUUUUCUUCCUUGUGCGUACGUGGUCCCGUGAAUUGAAGAACGCCUGUGCCGACUAUCGACGCCAUGAUUUGCUUUCAUUAUAUGCACAUUACGGAGUACUGAUUUUCUUAAAUGCUCAACCGUACUGUCAUGUUUCGUCAUUUGAAGAAAUUGUGAGGCAAUGUUUAAAAUAAAUGUAGGCAUGUAGUUCUGACGUUGCUCAAAGUUGUGUACUCUAGAGGAUAUGGGACGCCUUGUUGAAACUUUUCCACUAUAAGAACGAGGUAGUUGCUUGCAUAUCCCGUUACAAUGUUUAUUGUGCAACACGCCCCAGUGUAUAAUAAUGGACACGCUGUCAACUUACUGACAGUUGUGCUUUGAGAAGGCAAUGUUCAGUGAAUGGUGUUUCCAUGUAAAGCAUAAACUACAGUGAUUUUUAUUAUAUGUGGGCCUUUGGCGACUGUGGCGUUAUGUACAUAUGUUCUUGUCCGUAGAAGAAAAUAGCUGGAAAUGAAAACUAAUAACAGAAUUACACAACAUCGUGUAUAUGCUGUAAAGAG